AUGUCACUGGAGGAGCUUGAGGCAAUGGAUCAAAGCAACCCCGGGGAGUUUCUCGAAAGGGUACGAGAGAAGAUCAGAAUGCUGAACUCCGAAACCAGGAUUCUUCAGAGCCGGGUUAACACGAUCAAGCACGACAUUUCGACAAAGAAUGCAUCGAUUGCAGAGAACAUGGAGAGGAUAAGGCUCAACAAGCAGCUUCCGUAUCUGGUUGGAAAUGUUGUUGAAGUCCUUGACGAGCACAGCGGCGUAGUAAAUGCAUCCACAAGGAUGUCUUCAUAUCUUCCGAUCACAGGGCUUAUUCCCAACUCUGAGCUUCGCCCUGGAGAUCUUGUAGCCCUGCACAAGGACACAAAUAUAGUGUUUGAGAAGCUUCCGCCCGAUUAUGACAUGAAGGUGGGAGGGAUGGUCCUGAAGUCUGAUGCAAAGCCGGAUGAGACCUAUGAGGACAUCGGGGGCCUAGAGAGGCAGAUAGAGGAGCUCAAUGAGGCAAUAGUCCUUUCUCUCACACAUCCGGAGAGGUUCGAGAAGUUGAACAUAAAGCCUCCAAAGGGAGUUUUGAUGUACGGACCUCCCGGGACGGGAAAGACCCUCAUGGCACGAGCAUGCGCAAGCAAGACCAAUGCAACGUUUCUCAAGCUUGCAGGGCCUCAGCUGGUGCAGAUGUAUAUUGGGGACGGGGCAAGGCUGGUAAGGGAUGCAUUUGCCCUUGCAAAGGAAAGAAAGCCGACGAUUAUCUUUAUAGAUGAAAUUGAUGCAAUCGGCGCAAAGAGGUCGGACUCGGACCAAACAGGAGAUAGAGAGGUCCAAAGGACAAUGCUGGAGCUUCUCAAUCAGCUCGAUGGGUUUUCUUCUUCUGAAGAGGUGAAAAUCAUUGCGGCAACCAACAGAGUGGACAUUCUGGACCCUGCACUGUUGAGAAGCGGAAGGCUCGACAGGAAGAUUGAGUUCCCUCUGCCAAAUACCCUGGGAAGGAAGAGGAUCCUGCAAAUCCAUGCAAGAAAGAUGAGUGUUAGGGACGAUGUAAACUUCGAUGAACUGGCCAGAAGCACCGAGGGAUUCAAUGGGGCACAGUGCAAAGCGGUCUGCGUAGAGGCUGGGAUGGCUGCCCUUAGGAAAGAGAAGACGGAGAUCUCCCAAAACGACUUUAUGGAUGGAAUCCAAGAGGUUCUGAGCAGAAAGAAGUCAAAGCUGCUCUACUUUACAUGA